AUGGCUUCAUACAGCCAAACCCCGCUUGCAAGGCUACAUGCUUUUAUCACAGCACGGCGCGGUGCAAAUUUCGAAGCCGAUAUUUUUUCUUCUCUACUUAACUGUCCACUUGUUAUUCGCUCCGCCGAGUUUGCUCUUGCAGAUGGCGCUCUCUAUGCCACAGAGGGCGUCACACCUCCACCAGGCAACUUCACCGAACGCUUUUGGCAGCUCAACGAAGAUGUGCGGAUGAAAGGCGGCUCUACCCAGUUCCGCUCUCGAAUUCUGGUGUUAUUUGAUGUCAAGAGUAAGGUAUCUCACAAAGCUGGGGAUCAAGUAUACAUCACCACUAUGUCACAGCGCGCACGAGUAUCCUUCUACAUCUGCGUCUGUGCUGCCAAUCCAGGCUACGUAGAGCUCAUCCCCAACCGCUUUGGUGGAAAUGAAUGCCCUGAAAACGAAAGAGGCCGCGAUGUCGCUGUCAAUUUUUCUCGCAAGUCGCCCCUCCCACCAUCAGCAUAUGGUGCCCUGAGUCCGUGCAACUCCCCAUAUCGGAUGCCCAUCGCCUUACUUCCGGAAGCUCUUCAGAACAUAUGCCACUGUGCACGUGGCUCUGGCGACUAUGUCAACCCCUGGACGCGUGUUCGGUUUACUGGUUGGACGCCAUACCUUGAGCACGGGAAUGAUGGUAUGAUGCCAAGAGAAGAUUCCCAGCAUUUCACAUCAUUUCUCAGCAUUAUAGAAAUUUGGAGAUGUAUCCGGAAUGCAAACAGGCGUGCUAAGAACGCGAUACCAAUGCAUCUAGGUUUCGUUGAGCACCAGCCUCGCUUGGCAGAUUUCAAGCUACUCGUUCCUAGUACUGGAGCGCAUACUACCCACCGCCAAGUAUUCGUGCAACACAAAAUUGAUGGGCGUUACCGGUCUCCAGCGAGUCCACUUACCAAGGUGUCAAUUGCCCGCAACAGGGAUAAAGAUAAUAUCAAUUAUUACUUUACCCACCAUGAUCGGUUCGACUUCCUCUUCUAUCAGUUUGACUACACGGACUUCGCAAAAAGGUCGUGGCGCCAGUUCUUUUUCCUCCCAGAGCACGAACUUCCCGACGAGUUUUACGAGACAAAAGCUACGGAGGGUGACUUUGGCAACCCCGCUUGGGAGAAAUACUGGAUCGAACAAGAUACAACUGGUAGAUGGGUUGAGCGUGUCUACAACAUCAUUCAAUCCAACCCGCAACCACGAAAAUCUGGUCACCGUCCUGCUCGACCGUCAGGUCGCGAUGACACGAUGCCGAUGCCAGUACCUCGGUCAUCCCCCAAUAGCUCGCGCGAUUUGUCAUGGUUCCAUGGCAAGAUAUUCUACAACCUCAUGGCUCAAUGCGCGUCUCAUCUUUCUGGACUCCUUAUUGUUCUCUCACGCGGCCAUAGUAUGGGGGAUUUUGCGUAUUGUCGAUAUCGAUGGACAGAACAGGAGCAAUAUGCUUUCCGUACUCACGGUCACCCACCUUGCACAAUCACUGAACUGCCUCCACUGACACCAACUGUUCCAUUCCACACCUUUACGGGUACCAAAGAACAGACAUCUCGUGGACCAAGCCUCUCGACCGCCAACUUCCGUCGAGUUAAUUCAUGCCAACAGAAUCGCUUGCUUAUUUUUGACGUAUUAGGAUUAGAGGGACGUCGUCUUAACAGUCCAGUUCUAGUUGUGCCAACUAAUGAUAUCAGCCCCACUAGUUCGCAACGAGCUGUUUUCGACUUGAAUGACACCUUGAAUCACCAUGAAGGUGAUUUCGAUAGACGCGUUCCUCUACUUGCUGAACUCCUUCAUACGGACCUUAAUCCUGCAGAUUACGCGAUUGGCGCGCGUGGGCCACUUCUCUUCGAGAAUGAUGAUUCAUGGGGAAAUUUAUGGCUCCUGCUUGAUCAGUUCACUGGGACUAAUGCUUUUAUGCAUCCAAGCAGGUCCAACAUAGGACGCUCACCGGGCGAUUAUCAAAGCACACUAGUCGAGCUUCACCAGAGCCUCAUCGAACAACACUUGCAAAUGAGCGUCAAUCAGGUGGAAUAUAUUGAAUCACCCGACGAAGAAGAUGAGUAA